AUUCUCUCAUUUGCCAGAGAAGCAGAAGCCAUAGCCAUGGGGAGCUUGUGUCUUCCUUCUACUUUUUCUCCUCGUAUUCGCUGUUUAACUUCAAGAAAUUCUAUGGCAAUGGUAGGUUUGCUCUCUCAUCAUCCCAAGCCCUUAGCUCCACCCUUCGUCGCCAAAAGUUUCCGUUUCAUUUCACUUUCAUCUUCAACAAAACCGCCCAGAAAACUUCUCCAAGUGAGGUCAGUGGCUACUCCUGCAGAAGGUAUUGCUGGGUUUGAGAGCAUGAUCUCUGGUACUGAGCGGAAGUAUUACCUUCUGGGUGGGAAAGGAGGUGUUGGAAAGACAAGUUCUGCUGCCGCUCUAGCUGUGAAGUUUGCAAACAGUGGCCACCCCACACUUGUUGUUUCUACUGAUCCUGCACAUUCGUUAAGUGAUUCGUUUGCUCAGGAUUUGACUGGUGGUACGCUCGUACCAGUUGAAGGUCCUGACUCUCCGUUAUUUGCUCUUGAGAUAAACCCUGAAAAGGCUAGGGAGGAAUUCCGUAGUACAGCUCAAAAAAAUGGCGGAACUGGUGUUAAAGAUUUCAUGGAUGGCAUGGGCCUUGGAAUGCUUGUAGACCAGUUAGGAGAGUUGAAACUCGGAGAAUUACUGGAUACACCACCUCCUGGUUUGGAUGAAGCUAUAGCAAUUGCCAAGGUCAUUCAAUUUCUUGAGUCUCCUGAGUAUAACAUGUUCACUCGCAUAGUUUUCGACACAGCACCCACGGGUCAUACUUUACGGCUUCUAUCCCUGCCAGACUUCUUAGAUGCUUCCAUAGGCAAGAUAUUAAAGCUUAGACAAAAAAUAGCAUCAGCAACCUCAGCCAUUAAGUCUGUAUUUGGACAAGAAGAAAAGCGGCAGGAUGCAGCUGACAAAUUAGAGCGUUUGAGAGAGAGAAUGGUAAAAGUUCGCGAGCUUUUUCGUGACAAAGAAAGCACAGAAUUUGUCAUAGUUACUAUCCCCACGGUUAUGGCUGUGAAUGAAUCAUCAAGGUUGCAUGCCUCUCUAAAAAAGGAAUCUGUCCCUGUCAAGAGGCUCAUUGUCAAUCAGAUUCUUCCUCCAUCUGCAACAGAUUGCAAGUUUUGUGCAAUGAAAAGAAAGGAUCAACUGCGUGCUUUGGAUCUCAUCCGAAAUGAUCCAGAACUCUCGAGCUUGAUGGUUAUUGAGGCACCAUUAGUUGAUGUCGAGAUUCGAGGUGUUCCAGCUCUUAAAUUUCUUGGAGACAUCAUUUGGAAAUGAUUAUGUUAUCCAAGAAAACACAAAGCAAUUUGCAGGUAUCUUUUUUAUUUCCCUCUUCUAUGGAUUUUUUUUUAUCCUCGUAAAAACUUUUGGAUAUACAGAGAAAAACACUUCCUACCCCAAACACAUGACUGUAAGAGAGCGAGAGAUACAUCUGCCAGCCAACUGAGGAGUGCCGCAGGUUCAGAUUGAGUAGCUCUGCAGUUGAAAUAGAACAAACACAGGUUUUAUCUAGAACUCAUGAGAUUUAGUUCAAAAAACGAAAAAAAAAACUGAAGGUGCAUCACGUGGUUAGCACAGGAUGUUGCCUGAGAAUGAAUGUUAUGUAUUUUUUGGGAUAUGUUUAAAAGUAUAAUAAGAUGAAUCAUUUUUAAAAAGAA